UGGAAUCUCGGGACCGCAUGCUUGCGGGAUGGGGUCCCGGUUCAUCUUGUGGAUCAUCGGCCAUUCUCACGUUUAUUGGGCCCGGAAGCUAGUGGAGGAAUGUAAGAGACUUCAGUCUGAAAUAAUACAGCUGUCAGAUGAAAAUCAAGUCCUGAAAGAUGAAAGCAUUAAGAUAAGGAAGGUCGUUACAGAGAAGUCGUCUAAAGCAAUGCUGAGAGAUCAAGGCAACCCUAUCCCAUCACUUGUUGUCAUUGCUGCAAUCUUCAUCGGUUUCUUUUUAGGGAAGUUCAUCUUGUAAAUAAAGGCAUGAAGUGCUCUGA